CGCGUUCAGUGCCGAGGGCGAGGCUGACAGCCGGCGCAGUGUUAGCUGAGGUUCCGUCGCGACCGGUGCUCCGCGCGCUGCGACCUGCCUACGCGUAUAUCGAUAUCCGAUUUAUCGUGGUUCGCAGUCUCGAAUACUAACGUGUCUGUGAUAAUUCCGAUACUGUUCCGCCAAUCGCGGCCGGCUGUUGUACGUAAACGAUACACUAUCAGCAAGCCGUCGAUCUGUGCCGAAUCGAAAUUUUUCACGGCGGCCGAGCGUCCCGGUAAUAACGAAGUGCUUUUACACGGGAUUCUGUUGCUAUUAUUACAUUAUCCUUGUGUGAAAUAUUAGUGUGGAUACAAUUUAACGUACAAGAUGAAGUCCAAGGAGGAGUUGGAUACGAAGGUACAGACGGGUACUUUUAUUUUAUCCGAGAAGAUCGACGACACUAAGUCAAAGAAGAGCGAGAAGGAAAUGAAGAAGGAGAUGAAGAAACUCGAAAAGGAAAAGCAGGAAAGAGAGAAACGGGAGAAAAAGGCUAGAGAAAAGGAGAAGGAGCGUGAGAAGCAAGCGAAAAAAGGCCGGGUGGUGUGUGGCGCGUGCGCCGGCAAGUGCAGCGGCGAAGUGCUGCGCGUGUCAGACAAGUACUUCCACAUGGCGUGCUUCACGUGCCGUACCUGCUCCGCGUCGCUUGCUCGCGGCGGCUUCUUCUGCAAGGACGGGUACUACUACUGUCCGCAGGACUACCAAAGGGCAUUCGGCACGAGGUGUGCGGCGUGCAACCAGUACGUAGAGGGCGAGGUGGUCUCCGCUCUCGGAAACACCUACCACCAGAAAUGUUUCACUUGCGCAAGAUGCCAACGCGCGUUCCCGUCUGGUGAGAAGGUGACGUACACGGGCAGCGAGGUGGUGUGCGCGGCGUGCACGAGUGCGCCGCAGAAGCAAACGGCACGGGCGGCGCGAUCGCCGCUCGCGUCGCCGCGAGCGCCUGCGGCGACCGCGCUCGGCGCCUCCCCCUCCUCGCCCGAGCCGCCCUCCUCGCCCAUUACGCCCGGCUCGCCCGGCUCCGGCCGCGACCGGGACCAGCGGCAGCCGGACCCCAAUGAGUGCGCGGGCUGCGGCCAGGAGCUGUCGGAGGGGCAGGCGCUGGUGGCGCUGGAGCGGCAGUGGCACACGUGGUGCUUCGCGUGCGGCGAGUGCGGCGCCGUGCUGCAGGGCGAGUACAUGGGCCGCGCGGGCGUGCCCUACUGCGAGCGCGACUACCAGCGCCUCUACGGCGUGCGCUGCGCCUACUGCCAGCGGUACAUCUCCGGGAAGGUGCUGCAGGCCGGCGAGAACCACCACUUCCACCCCACGUGCGCGCGCUGCAGCAAGUGCGGCGACCCGUUCGGCGACGGCGAGGAGAUGUUCCUGCAGGGCGCCGCCAUCUGGCACCCGCGCUGCGGGCCCGCGCCGCACGCGCCGCUCGACCUCGAGCGCGCCUCCUCCGAGCUGCAGUUCUCGCUGCGCUCGCGCACCCCCAGCGUCAACGGCUCCUACUGCAGUCCCUACAGUAGCUUGACCAGGAAGUACGGCUACCGCGCCGUGUCGCCCGGGCUGGCGCUGCGCGAGUACCGCGACGACGCCUGCUCGCCGCACCGCAUCACCACGUACUCCUACCUGGCCGGCGAGCCCGCCACGCUGCGCCGCUGCGUGCAGCCCUACGACCGCCCGCCCGCCUCGCCGCACUUCCACCGCCCGCCCUCGUCGGCGAGCACGCGCGCGUCGUCCCGCGCCGGCAGCAAGGCGUCGUCGCGGCCCGGCAUGCGCGUGCUGGUGGACUCCAUCCGCUCCGAGACGCCGCGCCCCAAGUCGCCGCACAUGAACAACGAGGAGCCCAUCGAGCUGUCCCACUACCCGUCGGCGUACAAGCCUCCCCCCGGCACGAAGCCUAAGAUCGAGCGCGACGACUUCCCCGCGCCGCCCUACCCGUACACCGACCCGGAGCGUCGGCGGCGCUGGUCGGACACGUACAAGGGCGUGCCCGACAGCGACGACGAGGGCGAGCGCGUCAACGGACUCAACGGGGACGUCGACCCGCAGCUGCGCAAGGAGGAGCAGGAGCUCGCCAAGAUAGAGAGCGGCAUCGCGCAGGUGACGCCCGCCUCUCGCGCCGCGCCCGCUCGCCGCCCCGCGCACCCGACUGAGCCGUGUCUCGUUUCCCUGUUGCAGGUGUUUCUGAAGGAGGUCAAGGAGCGCGAGAAGCUCCAGCAGUGGAAGAGGCAGAACCUCGACCCGCGAAACGCGAGCAGGACGCCGAGUGCGGCGCGCGAGGCGGGCGCGCGGCUGCGCUACUCGUCGCCGGUGGGCGCGUCGCCGUCGCGCUCGCUCGACCACCCGCGCCACCACGACCCCGCGCUGGCGCACCACCACGUGCCCUCCUACAACGUAUUUACUUACUAUUUAAACGAUGGUGAGUUCUCCGCCGUACGUCAUAAGGUUCGACCUAUCUCGCUUCGUAAAACAAACGCAUUAAUUUUACUCAUUGGCACUGUUCUAUCCCAUUAUUUCAAAGUAAUAAAUCAACCACUUAGUCUAGGCUUUGUCGAUCGUCGCAUUUCAUCACAUUACAUCAAAAAAUCUAGCAGUUUUUAUUACAAUAUAACAUAUGAUGUCAUUACCGUCUGUGAAAGUUACGUAAAUUUGUUAUCUUUGCAAUGAGUUCAAAACUGUUAUGCUGUUUAUGAGACGAAAGUGUAUAACGGAGAGCAGAGCUCGAAGAGCUGUAACGAUGGGGGGUGGAAGGAGGGGGGUACACGUGCAGGCGGACGCCGUGCGGAGCUUUGCACGUCGCUUUUGUGUGUUUUGUGUAUUCACUAUGCUGUAUGGGCUUUCAUAGAAAGGGGUGGGACGAAUUCGUAAGACGACUUGAUAGAAGAUUACUAUGUAGUUGUUAAUGCCUGUAUAAUUAUCUUUUCGGGCUUGCAAUGAAUUCGUAGUAGCUUAGCGUGUGUCAUGAUGGUAUUAUUUGUAACGGAUAUAUAUUUUUUACAAAAUAAAUUGUUAUUGCAUAGCAUGACCUUAUAUUUAAAAUAGAGUUUAUUAUCUACCUCGAUGUUUGAUAUGACAAUUGUGUGACUCGAUUGCACCUUCGAGCACUAAACGCAUGCGCUGUCACGGUGACGCUUCAUACUAACAAGUAUUAUUAAUAAGUAUGUAUUUAUAUCGUGCUCUAUACAAUUCUUAUUUAUUAAAUAUUGUUUACCGAAAUUCAGUUAUUUUUCUCGCUUAGAGUAUGAAUAUCAAACGUAAAAAAUACAAUCAUAUUCAUCACAGUCUAUCGUAUGUCCGCUGAUCUAUGUUAAAUAUUUAUUUUGGCAUGCAUAUCGAAGGAUCGUACAAUUCCGAAUGAAUCAAUCGUUUCGGGUCAACUAUCUAUCAUUCUAUCGGCCGCGGCCACCGAAGUACAAACGGAAUUAUACGAUCCGAGGACGGCCCUCGCGCCGGCGACGGUCGCCACGCCGGGAGUGGCGGCCGUCGCCGGGCGCGGCCGCGUAGCGCGCGUAGUGACGUAGGAGUGC